CGAUCGGCCAUUAGAAACGAAUAUUAGGAGAAAACAUUGUCGUAACUACUUGACUGUCAUCCUUUUAUUUUCCAGACUUUUAAUCUAAAUAUUUGAAGUGGAGGGUAUUAAGUGAAAGGCUCUUGCAUCUAUCUUUCAAUUCAUGGCCUAACUGGCGUGGUGAGUGUGCCACAUUCGUGUAAAAUCUAAAGUGAUCAGAGGCGAAUAGAUUCAGUCUCUGAAAUGUAACAGAUCUGAGAUUUUAACCUUUUUUGUGGACAAAUAAACUGUUUUUAAGACUCAACAUUAUAAUGAGUGGUCGUCCUAGGACAACAUCUUUUGCUGAAGGAGGUAAAGCUGGAUCGUCUGCCCCUUUUGGAGGAAUGAGGACAAUCAACAAAGAUGGAAGCAAGGUCACAACUGUACUGGCGACUGCUGGAAACAUACAAGGUCAAGACCGACCACAGGAAGUCAGUUACACGGAUGCCAAAGUGAUAGGAAAUGGCUCUUUUGGAGUCGUUUACCAAGCAAAACUAGUCGAAACACAAGAACUUGUGGCUAUUAAAAAGGUCUUACAAGAUAAAAGAUUUAAGAAUCGAGAAUUACAAAUAAUGAGGAAGUUAGAACAUCCUAACAUAGUUAAAUUACGAUUUUUCUUUUAUUCAGCUGGUGAUAAGAAAGAUGAAGUGUACCUCAACCUGGUCUUAGAAUAUGUACCAGAAACUGUUUAUAGAGUAGCACGCCAUUACAGUAAAUCAAAGCAUACUAUACCAAUACUUUUUAUAAAGAUGUACAUGUACCAACUAUUUCGAAGUUUAGCGUACAUUCAUUCCCAGGGAGUGUGCCAUCGUGAUAUUAAACCUCAGAAUUUAUUAUUAGAUCCUGAAACAGGUGUUCUUAAGUUAUGUGAUUUUGGAAGUGCAAAAGUAUUAGUACGGGCAGAACCUAAUGUAUCUUACAUUUGUUCACGUUAUUAUAGAGCACCAGAGUUAAUAUUUGGUGCCACUGAUUAUUCUUGUCGUAUAGAUGUAUGGUCGGCAGGAUGUGUAUUAGCUGAAUUAUUAUUAGGACAACCAAUAUUUCCUGGUGACAGUGGAGUAGAUCAGUUAGUUGAAAUUAUCAAGGUACUAGGAACACCCACCAGAGAACAGAUAAGAGAAAUGAAUCCUAACUAUCAGGAAUUUAAAUUCCCACAAAUUAAAGCCCAUCCUUGGACGAAGGUGUUUAGACCACGAACACCAUCUGAAGCUAUACAGCUUGUCAGUCGUUUAUUAGAAUACACACCAUCAGGACGAAUAGCACCUAUCGAAGCUUGUGCUCACCCCUUCUUUGACGAAUUACGUGAUCCCAAUACCAGAUCUCCAAAUGGACGGGAGUUACCUCCCUUAUUUAAUUUUAGAGCUGAUGAAUUGGCUAUAGCACCUCACCUUAACUCUACUCUUAUACCUGAACAUGCGCGAUCACAAGCAGCAAAUUUUAAUAAUCCUUCAUCUCCUCCUGGUGAUGUUUCUCCUAACUCCUCACAUACACCAGUUGGGGAAGAAUCAACCUCACAGGCACCAAUGGCAGGAGCUGCUGGCGGAGGCAGUGCUUGAAGAUAGUAGAAAUGUAGAUUUGUACAUCAUAUAAUAUAUCAUUUAUUGAACAGAAUGUUUCAAAUUGCAAUAGCAAAAGAGUUUGUGUGAGAGUGUGAGCUUGUUGGUGUGUGUGUGUGUGUGUUUAUGUGUGAUGGACUCAUUUGUUAAUUGUUUGCUGUUAAUAUCAUUUUUAACUGCAUUUGAUAACAUCAUAUUGAAAUGAUGUUAUUUUUUAAAAAAUAGUUAAAAAUAUUGAAAUUUUUUAUGAAUUUGAGAUUUGCAACCUAAAUUGUAAUUAUUCUACCCCAUUUUUCUUGAAAUAGCCAAAGAUAAAAUUCAUAUUAAUAUUGGCACUUAUCUUUGAGUUCUUGUGAUUUUAAAAUAAUUUAUGAGAAGUACAUUUAAUUUUGAAACCAAAAGUGUUAAAAUUGUGUCCUGAAAGUAAACAUGCUGACAAUCCAUUUAAACCUUUUAAACAAUGAUGUUCUUGAUUGGGAGGUCUUCAUGUUUGGGAUUCAUGCAAUCAACUGGAAGUACAAUAAAACAAUUUGGCUGUCCAUAAGACUGCGAAGAUUCCGAAUGCGCUCCAAAAACUGGAGGUGUAGAGGAAUAGAAGGGUAAAUUUUGAAUGUGGCUCAUCCAGUUUCAAACUGUUCAAUUGAAGCCAGGAUUGGAACAGGCGGAACCUGUUCAGAACAAACCAAUCAAGCGCCACCCUAAAAUUACUCCAGGAUCAUAUAUUAUGUGAUAAGGUAUGUCAAUAGACAAUGUUUAUGUAUCAAUGUUCAGAGGGUUAAAUAUGGAUUGACUUUCAUUAAAAAGUUUAAGGCAUUUAUAUUAAAAGCGAAUCUGUCAUUGAGUCAUAAUAUUAUCUUAUAUAAAUGAUUAAUUUCUUUUAGAAUUUAUAAACUUUGAAAAAUCUCAUAUAAUUUUCAAAAUUAGAAUGAAACAGGAUUAUAAUUAUUAUACAAUUAGCGAUAUGGUCAACUAUUGUUUUUAUCAACUCAUUAAAGGCAAAACUCAGAUUUAAUUGUUCCCUUCUGAAUUCAUGUGGAUAACUGUCAAAAACUGAAAGUUUUACUUUUUUUUUGCUGUCAUUAAUUUCAUCAUAUUGAAGUAAAUACCAAUAUAUUUUUAUAACAGAUCUAAAAAAAAAAAAAAAUUGUUUC